AUAAAGAUGAAAAAUAUUAAUGAAAAUAAAGCUAUUAAUUACACUUAUUUUUUUUGUGCAAUGAUAAAUUCUCAAGAAAAAAUUUACAUGAGUAAAGAGGAAUCAUAUAUAAAGACAAAUGCAGAUAAUUUAAAAGAAUUCAUAUUUGAUAAUAAAAAAAAAAAAAUUAUAGUUUGUUAUGCAAUCACUAGAUAUUUUUUGAACGUUAUAGGAUUUAAUGUAUUCUUUCUAUUUAAAUAUUUUAUUAAUUUCAUAUUUAUUAUUUUUAUUUUUGUUUUUGUAACAUACUUACCUAUAUUAUUUUUUUUUUUUUUCCUUAUUAUACUCAUUAAAAAAGAUAAGGUGGACAUUCUAAAAGGAAGAAAAACUGUUUUGUCUAAGUGUAGUUAG